AUGGCAGCCAAGUAAGUUUAAGAUAUUCCUUUGCAUCUUUUCUAAUUUUUAGGUUCAAGAUUCCCGUGGAAUACCAAUAUUUGCUGGAGAAGAAGAACAUUGACCAGAAAACCGUUGAAGAAAACAAAGUAGGGCGUACCAUCUUUACCAUGUUGCACUUCACGUUAUAAUUUUAAAACUCUGUCACGCUUAAACGUUCUAGGAUCUUCGUCACAUUUUCUCACAUGUCCCAAAGAAUGUCCCAGACAGGAUUCGCCGAAAUCUGGCGGUUAUCUCUCUGCAUUAUGCCAAUGAAUACAUCCAGUCAAAGGUGCCUCUCUUCACGAAUGGGGUCAUUCGAACGCUCAGGCUUAAUUUUAUAAGGGAAACAAGAAAGGUAACCGUCUAUCGAUUCGACGCGGAGGUCUUAACACCUGACCAUAGGAAAGAUGACGACUACAAGCAGAUUCCGCUUCAAGAGUUUGUGGCUUUAAAAGAAGAUGACGUUGAGAUUCUUUCGGUAAGUCCUUAAAUAGCUCCGUUGUAUUCAAGCUUUAGGGUAGGGUGUAUAAAUCAACGAAACAUUUGAUCAGAAUGAAAGGAACCCUUGUUAUGUCAAAUUCCCAUCCUCCACCCAUGCCGAGACAGGGUGCCACUGUUAACAUCUACAAAGCCGUUAUCGACUUUGUUCCCGCUGCAAUUACCAAGGCAAUCGAGAAGAUUCAGAAAGGAGAUCUCGACGAAUUUAUCCACCCGAAACCAAAUAUGAGUAGUGUAAGUAAUUUUCUUUAUAUUAUUUCUUGUUUUAGUUGAAAAAGUUUCUGAAGGAACUUGACCCACAGAUGGACCAGUUUGUAACUCAGAAUCCCGAACAUGCACGGUUGAAUAAGGAACAGAAGACGGCUGUCUACGUGAUCUCCAAGGGCCUCCAUAAGCCGCAUCCGUUUGUUUUGUUUGGGCCUCCGGGUACUGGAAAGACGGUGACGAUCAUUGCCGCGGUCGUCCAGUUGAUGAAACAAGACGAAGGAAACCGAGUGUUGAUUUGUACUCCGUCGAACACUGCCGCUGAUCGAGUGGCGAAGGAAUUGUUGAACCAUCUGGAUGGAGAGCUUUUAGGAGGGCAUAAUGUUCUCCGGUUGUGCUCGAGAUCUGUGGAUUUCGAUCACCGCGACACCAGUUUGGACGUCAUUGCGUAAGAUUUGGAGAUACAGUGGGGGCUGAUCCAGUGGCAAAAAAACUUACCGUUUUGCAUCCAGGAAGUAUAAAAAAUAUAGCAAAAUACUUCCGUCUCCAAGUGAAAAAACUCUGAUUUCAAAACCGCACCCGUUUGAAAUCUUUUUUGUGAGGGAAGCCCUUCAAAACGAAGUUUUUUCACUUGGAGAGGGAGGUAUUUUGCAACAUUUUUGGUGCUUCCCGGAUGCAAAGUGGUAUGUUUUUUGCCACUGGAUCAGGUCCGCCACUGUAUAAACUGCAAAUUACGAUUAUAGAAAUAUUGGUGCGGGAGAAUAUGAGAUACCUGAAGGUUUCAAAUAUUAUCGCAUAAUCAUUACAACAUUGGCCACAUCUGUUCGUCUCCUCUCCGAAACUUUCACCCAUAUUAUUGCCGAUGAAGCGGGUCAGGCCUUGGAAGCCGAGAUUUGGAUCCCUCUUGGCUGUUGCGCCACAAAAGACACUUCGGUCAUUCUUUGUGGAGACCCAAAUCAGCUGGGGCCUGUGAAUAUUUUGAAUUUUCCCCAGAGAUUUUCGAACUAUUUGGAGUGCCCGUUGAACUGGUAUUUGAAAAUGACGGAUUAUGCAAUUGACUGGUGAGUUAUGGGGGUUUGGGGAUAUUUGAGGACCUUUGGAAUUUUCUCAAAUGGUUUUACUUUUCUCACCGAGGCUUUACUAUCUAUUUAGCCGGCUUUGCGUCCGCUUGGUUGACUGUUUCCGAUGCCAUGGACAUAUUGUAAAGAUCGCUUCCAAUCUGUUCUACAAACGCCGUUUGAGGGAUGCUGGAGACAAGGAAUGGAAGAACAAAUUAUGCUCCGAUCCGAGCUGGUUCAAUGGGGUGGGUGGCAAAUUUAUUUUCUGCAAUAGUCGGGAAAUUUAUACAGGGUGUUUCAAGAAAUUUGACAGAAACUAUUUGCGAAUAUCUUUGAGCUCUUGCUAGUUAUCGCAGAAAUUCUUUUUGUUUCUAAAACUUGAUAGCGGGCGGUUUUGUACUGAACAAAAAAAAAAUUUUUUUCGUCGGCGGAGAGGCCAGUUCUCGGCGGAGACAUUUGGGGCCUUUUUUUAAAAUCACACCUUAUUACAUCGCACUGCGGGUCGGGUCAAGUUUUUUUCAUGUGGUGGUCAAGUCUUUCCCCUAAUAUUAUUAGGUUGAUGCAAAAGGAAUUGCGGAUUUUUUAAUUUAUUCGUAUUUUUUUAUAGGAUAGCUCAAUUCAAAAAUGGAAAAAGGUAUAUAGUAGUAAAUUUUAAGAGGAUUUUUUCUGUGUAUGUGCUAUUCUUAUAAAAGUUAUCAAACGUUACCAUAAGUUACCACGAAGGUACCCUAAACAUGUUAGUACAUUUUAAACCAAUUUUUUUACAUAUUUUUUCCGGCUUUAUCCAUUUUUGAAAAUAUUUUGAUAAAAUACGUUAUAUUCUAUCAAAAAACAAAAAAAACCCCCAUUUUUGGCAAAGCGUUAAAACGCUAUCCCAAAAAUUCAAAUUUCAGCAAAUUUUACAAAUCAUGUCAUAUCUUUUUUUUAAUAAGUCCAAAAUAAAAAAUUCUUUUUGCUUUCGAUUAGUAACAACAUUUUUAAGAUUUUUGUGACAAAAAACAUCAAAAUCAAAAAAAUUUAUUUUUUUGACAUUUUUUGACCAAAAAAUAAAAUUCAAGAUUUUGAUGUCUUUUUUUCACGAAAGCCUUAAAAAUGUUGUUACUAAUCGAAAGCAAAAAGAAUUUUUUAUUUUGGACUUAUUAAAAAAAAGAUAUGACAUGAUUUGUAAAAUUUGCUGAAAUUUGAAUUUUUGGGAUAGCGUUUUAACGCUUUGCCAAAAAUGGGGGUUUUUUUUGUUUUUUGAUAGAAUAUAACGUAUUUUAUCAAAAUAUUUUCAAAAAUGGAUAAAGCCGGAAAAAAUAUGUAAAAAAAUUGGUUUAAAAUGUACUAACAUGUUUAGGGUACCUUCGUGGUAACUUAUGGUAACGUUUGAUAACUUUUAUAAGAAUAGCACAUACACAGAAAAAAUCCUCUUAAAAUUUACUACUAUAUACCUUUUUCCAUUUUUGAAUUGAGCUAUCCUAUAAAAAAAUACGAAUAAAUUAAAAAAUCCGCAAUUCCUUUUGCAUCAACCUAAUAUUUUUUCCCCGAAAUUCAGACUGUUAUAUCGGAGGUUAAUCAAGGUAAAUCUGGUCAGUUCUUGUUGAUUAUUUCAAGAACAAGUCUUAUUCUAUUUUUAGAAAUCAAAUUUGAUUGAAUUACGGUGUGGGUUUGCCUCAAUUUUUAGCAUUCUUUGGGGGUAUGUGUUCUAUACCUAAAUGAUCAAUUGUGAGACAGUUUCAAGUCUGAUUUACGAUAUCGUUUCCAUUUCACCUUCGGACGUACGCCACCUGUCCAAUAAAGGUAAGUAACUGUGAAUCUGGUAGUCCGUUUUUUAGUAAUUAAAGAUUUUGUAUAUUAUUCUAGGUUAUUCAGAAAAUUUUGUACGGGAUUUGCCUGGUUUUCCCUCAAAAUCACGUCCAACAUAUUAAUCUUACUGUCCUAACCACGUUUUCCAUCACCAGAGGUCUUCACAGAUGUGAUCCAGACGUUAUACGUUACAGGGAUCAUGUAUAACAUCCGCCUGAAAAAAACGCUAGAUUGGUCUCAAACACAUUUUUGCUUCGCUUGAUGAUCCUUUGAUUUUUAUGAAAAUUCCGCAUAGUUUGGGCGUUGAAUUUCAUCUCUACCUAAAAUCUGCAUCAACUUUGGACACAAAGAAAAAGUCUAAAAGAGAAGGAGAAACCUGUCCACUUACGUUUUUAUAGGCACUAGAGACCAAUAUUACGCUAAAUAAUCUAAUCCAGGCCGAAAACUUGGCAAAUCUCAACAAAAAUCUUCAAAAGUACCUAGUAUAAUAUACAAAAUCUUUAAUUACUAGAAAACGGGCUACCAGAUUCACAGUUACUUACCUUUAUUGGACAGGUGGCGUACGUCCGAAGGUGAAAUGGAAACGAUAUCGUAAAUCAGACUUGAAACUGUCUCACAAUUGAUCAUUUAGGUAUAGAAUACAUACCCCCAAAGAAUGCUAAAAAUUGAGGCAAACCCCCACCGUAAUUCAAUCAAAUUUGAUUUCUAAAAAUAGAAUAAGACUUGUUCUUGAAAUAAUCAACAAGAACUGACCAGAUUUACCUUGAUUAACCUCCAUAUAACAGUCUGAAUUUCGGGGAAAAAAUAAUAUUAGGGGAAAGACUUGACCACGCCAUGAAAAAAACUUGACCCGACCCGCAGUGCAUCGUGGAAACUCUGUUACAGUGGCCAAAAUCAUGUUUACGUUAAACCUCCGUGGAUUUUACGGUAUGCUUUUUUGCGUUUUCGAUUUUACGCAAUCCGCGGAUGCGCGGCGGAGACCUCAGAUCUCGGCGGACGUUGUUUUGGGCCUUCGGCUGUUGCAAUUCAUGUUGGAAAAGAGGUUGGGGUGAUUUUUUGUUGUCAUCCGAUGCAACAGAUGGCAAAAAUGUCGUAAUUUCUUUCCCCGGCGGAGGAUUCGGCGGAGGCUUUAUCAAAGGGUCAAAUCUGUCUUACGAGUCCGGGAAAAAUCUCAGCUACGAGAAUCCAUCAGAGCAACGUUAUCUUUCAAAGAUUUUUGAUUUUUUUGGUCCGGCGGACAAAUCGGCGGAGUUUUGUUUUGACCCUUUGAUAAAGCCUCCGCCGAAUACUCCGCCGGGGAAAAAAGUACAAAAUUUUUGCCAUCUGUGCAUCGGAUGACAACAAAAAAUCGCUCCAACCUUUUUUCCAACAUGAAUUUGCAAAAGCCGAGGGCCCAAAACAACGUCCGCCGAAAUCUGAGGUCUCCGCCGCGCAUCCGCGGAAGUGCGUAAAAUCGAAAACGCAAAGAAAGCGUACGGUAAAAUCCACGGAGGUUUAACGUAAACAUGAUUUUGGCCACUGUAACAGAGUUUCCGCCAUGUAAUAAGGUGUGAUUUUUAAAAAGGGCCCCAAAUGCCUCCGCCGAGAACUGGUCUCUCCGCCGACGAAAAAAAAUUUUUUUGUGUUCAGUACAAAACCGCCCGCUAUCAAGUUUUAGAAACAAAAAGAAUUUCUGCGAUAACUAGCAAGAGCUCAAAGAUAUUCGCAAAUAGUUUCUGUCAAAUUUCUUGAAACACCCUGUAUAUCUAGUUUUGAUUUGCAGCAGUUCCCAAUCGCGUUCAUUGACCCGAAGAAAAGUUUUCAACACAAAGAUCCAGAAGGAACUUCGGUUGGCAAUCAUAUCGAAGCGAAGGUUGUCUGCCAGGUCUUGAAGUACCUCAAUGAACAACUCUCAAUCGAUUUUGGUAAAAUUGGCGUUGUUUCUCCUUAUAAAUAUCACUCGAAAUUGAUAAGAGAGAAAGUCAUCCAAAAAUUCAAUCACAAAGUUAUGGAUGCGCUCACGGUGGACUCAGUGGAACGUUUCCAGGGCUCUGAAAGGGAAGUGAUCAUCAUCACAACGGCACGCACUCAAGGACUCGGGUUUUUGUCUUGUGAUUUGGUAAGUAUACAGUGCUGGAUCAGUCAGGCCUGAUCCAGUGGUAAAAACGUACCAUUUUGCAUCCGGGAAGUAUCAAAAAAUGUAGUAAAAUGCCUCCCUCUCCAAGCGAAAAACUCCUUUUUGAAGGGCUCCUCACAAAAAGAGCGAAUGCGCUUUUGAAGUCGGAUUUUUUCAUUUGGAGAGGACGGUAUUUUGCUACAUUUUUUUGAUACUUCCUGGGUGCAAAAUGGUACGUUUUUUGCCACUGGAUCAGGUCCCCUACCGUAAGGUCAUUUGUUCGUUGAAUAAAAAAUUUUAGCGGCUGAACACCGCGAUUACCCGGGCGCAACGCCUCUUGAUUGUCAUUGGCAAGAAAACGAACCUGGAAAAACAUGGAAGUUGGAAAAAGUAAGUUUAGCGUCGAGAAAAUUUUAAUUUUACGGUUAAAGGAUUGGUAAUUUUGAGUAAUUUAUAGAUUCAUCAGCUAUGUGGACGAGAACAAUUCAAUUUAUCCUGAGUUCCCUGUUGUCAAGAGUCUGUCGGAUAAGAUGCUCAAACUCAAAGUUACGGAUACCAAAAACUAA